AUGCGAACCAAGCAAUUAAAGCGGGCUUUAAAUAUGACAUCUUCAGCCCUAUCAGAAUACAGAUUGCAAACAAGGGAAAAGUUGCGUGUUAACAGGCAACAACUUGAAUCUUUGACAUACCCUGGAUCCAAGGCGACGUUUGAAGCGGAUCAACCAAUUCCAAAGCCUGAUCCUAACCUCAAAGUAUUUUUCUUUGAUAUUGACAACUGUUUGUACAAAAAAUCAUUACGAAUCCAUCAUUUGAUGGAACGUUCAAUUCAAGAGUACUUCCAAAGGCUAUUGGAUUUAGAUGACGCAACAGCUGCGGAGCUAAGAAAUAACUACUAUAAAACGUAUGGUUUAGCGAUUAAGGGACUUGUGGAUCACUAUGAAAUAGAUGCUAUGGAGUAUAAUGACCUAGUUGAUGAAUCUUUACCAUUACAAGAUAUCCUUAAGCCUGAUCUUGAACAAAGAAAAAUAUUGCAAAGAAUAAGAGAUAGCGGAAAAUUCGAUAAGAUGUGGCUAUUUACGAAUGCUUACAAGAAUCAUGGAAUUAGAUGUGUUCGGCUAUUGGGAAUCGCCGACCUAUUUGACGGAAUCACAUACUGUGAUUAUUCUCAACAUGACUUGGUUUGUAAACCAGAUACUAGAGCAUUUGAAAAGGCAAAAAUUCAGUCAGGACUGGGUAGCUACUCCAAUGCUUACUUCAUUGAUGACAGUGCUGGUAACAUUAGAACAGCAAUUAAAUUAGGCUUCAAGAAAGCAAUCCACCUUGUUGAACGUGAAACACCGGACGAACCGUUAGGAAGCAGCCCAGAGGAAGCAGUCGUUAUCAAUUCAAUUACGGAAUUGCCAAAGGCAUGUUUCGAAAUAUUCGAAAAUGAAUCAGUAGAUUAG